AUGACAACUUUAGGAGCGGAUCCAGUUUAUAACAACGAGACUUUGGAUAACAACACGGGUACUGGCUAUUUAAUGACAGAUUCGUCCUUCACCGUUGGCUGCUGUGGAGUACUGGUCAAUUGGAAGGUCUUUAUUCAGAGUCGGGGAUCAAUCAACCUACAAAUAUGGCGUCCAGAGGGUUCAAAGUAUAAAUUGAUUGGGGAAAAUAUCUACUCAUUUGACUCUCCAAGUCAGCUGAUCGUUCAAAGUCUUGACAUCCCCCAAGCACAGCAAGUUGUGGUAAAACAAAAUGACGUCAUCGGAUGGUACAGUUCAUCUAGUGACAUGGUUCCAUAUAAAUCGGGAGCGGGAUCCGCCAGUGGUAAUUAUUUGCAGUUGUUUACCACGCCUCCUACCGUGGGGACAUCUUAUGAAUGGAGUACAGCGAAUUUCUUCAGCCAACGUUCAUACGCUGUUCAAUCCACGAUAGAUGCAAAUGUCGCACCAACAUUCAAAAACCUUCCAGCAACCAAGACGUUCCAAGACAAAACUCCCGCCACAACAGUAAUGAUAGUGACUGUAACAGACGAUAAUUCAGGAGAUGUGGCGACGCUGUCCGUCAGCCUGAAAACGCACACCGAUAAAUUCGAGGUGUCCUCUAACUCGGUAGCGCCAAAAGCUGGAUGGACCUGGUCAGUGGGAACCUUCGACGCUAGUGUUGUUGUUACCGAUCAGUGUGGGAAUUCUGGGACAGAAACGUUAACAAUCGUCAUAGAAAACACGGCACCGGAUAUCUCUUACCUUCCAUCGGCUUCAGAGUUGUCUGAGGUCGUGACGUCAGAGACUAAGCUCGGAGAUCUCUCUGUUACUGAUGUACAAACCUAUACAUGCUCUAUAUAUGAAGUUACUCCAUCUUCCGGAAGCGCGAAAUUUAUUCUCAAGCAGGCAUCAGGAUCGUCGGUGUAUUCGAUUUACUCUGCGGAAAACCCAAACUUCGUAUACUCCAUGGUGUCCCAGUAUAAGGUCAACGUUACGUGUACCGAUGUAUACAGUUUGACGUCAUGGGGAGAAUACACUGUUAAUAUUCUACCAAAUAAGCCACCAGUACUCGGCACAUUACCAGCAACACAAGCUGUAUCAGCAAAAACCACAACGAUUGGAACAGAGAUCUUCAGCGCUCUAGCAACUGAUACCGAUUCAAGCCAGAUCUUCUACAACAAAACCUGUUCACCAAAUCCGUGUCCAUUUGAGAUAUUUGGAGAUGGAAAGAUUAAAGCUACUGAAGACCUUAUGCUACACAAAGUUCCAACUUACGAUAUGCAUAUUUAUGCUUACGAUGGACGCACCCUUGUUGGACCAGGAACUCUCACCAUCAAUAUAAAUGAUAUUAACCACGUCCCUGUUAUCAGCAACAUACCCACGUCCACAGUUACUGUUCCUGAGAAUACGGCCGUGGGGACAGAGGUAUUUACAGUACAAGUGACGGACCAGGACCCAGGAGACACCCAUACAUACACUGUUACCUACAGUCCGGCGGAGGGAGGGUUAUACUUAACUAUGGAUGCUAACACUGGUGUAAUUUCUGUGAAAGACGGUAUUGACUAUGAAAGUCUUCGAACAAUUAAUAAACUUACAUAUGACGUCACAAUAAUUGCAAAUGACGGUAGAGAAAGUUCAACCUCGCAACAGAUGACGAUAAUCAUUACCGAUGUAAAUGAACAACAGACGGGAUUUGUUAAGUCGCUAUACACCAUAGAAACAGGAGAAGGAAAGUCAGGAAAUAUGUUGACCAAUCCAUUUACCGGUACACAAGUUCUAGAUCCUGAUUUUAAUGAAGUUCAAACCUUUACCAUGGACUGUGGUGCCAACCAAGGAAAAUUCAGUAUGGAUCCAAAUACAGGUUCCAUAACCCAGUCUGUAGAAUACGAUCUAGAUUCUGCUGGGAAGGAACAGGAAGUGGUGACAUGCACAGUCACAGCGACGGACAAAGGUGGACAUACUGUAACAACUCAAUUGUCAAUCACAAUAAACGAGAUAAAUGACAACGCACCUGUUCUUGACAAAGGGAGCUACUCUUUCUUUGUUUCACAAUGCUCAUCAGUCGGGUCGUCAGCAGGUCAAGUAACUGCCACUGACAAGGACGUUAAACAGGAACAUAAGGACGUGACCUUUACUCUUACUUCAGGAACGGGGUUUUUAGUAGGGAAUGACGGUACAAUUCACGUUGCACAGGAUUUGUGCAAUGUACCCGUGGGCACGAAGUAUGACUUCACUUUAACUGCAGUUAAUGCAGACGGACUACAAGAUACUGCUCCAGUUAGCAUUGUAAUCAGAGACCCCACUACCACCACUUCCACAACAACAACUACCACCACCACUACGACUGCACCACCUAGCUCUGGAGGAUCAAGCAUCUCCACAGGCGGAUUCUUUGACAACCCAGAGAACCUGGCUUGGUUCAUACCUGCUGUACUCCUGGCAGCUUUGAUGAUGGCUCUAUUUAUUUACUUCUUGUACAAGUGUUUUCGUCAUCCUGGUUUGUUGUCAAGAGUUUGCUGCAAGAAGAAAACUUCACCCAGACAUAGAGUGAAAGAGCCGGAAAAGAUAAAUGGGAAGUACGAGUGGAAUGUUUGGUCUCACAGUGACUACACAGACAACAAGAUCGAGAUGCGUUGAAAAUCCUCUUUUGAAUCGUCCAGUGCUCUGAUAGUAAG